AUGUUUAUCGACCAUCGAACGCUGACGGCAGAGCGCCCAGAAACUCAUGGCGACACCAACGACGAUGAUGACGACGACAACGGCGGCGACAAUAGCGGCAAGCUGCUGCUGCUGCUGCUGAAGCAUUCCACAUGCCACAUGCCUCACGCCAUGCAAGCGGCAGGCAGGCAGCAGCAGCAACAACAACAACAGCAGUCCCAGAGCAAUCAUAAAAACAAUAGCAAUAACAAUGUUUAUGGCCAACAGCAGCCAAAGCAGAAGUGCCAACAACAAUCGUUAUUGUUACGAGCAGACAGCCACUACAGACAGCAAAAGGGUGCCACCAGUCAAACUUAA